AUGGGCAAACCUCCGUCACCCGGUCCCCGUCCCUAUUCGGACGACCCAGACGCUGUGUCUCUCCACACAACCGUCGGGGAACCGUCAUACGUCGACGCUGUAGAUGAAGAUGUUCUUGAUGCCGGAGACGCACUUCUGCCCUCUUACAACGACGCCGUCACCGAAACCUUUUCCAACACACCCGCACCUUCCGCUGCAGUUGGAGCUCCAAUCCCAAACCAGGGCGAAUUUCUCACGGGAAUCACCUCGCCUGAGAGCCAUUUCGCCUUUACCUCCAAGCGCGCUUUUCAAAAACGCACAACUAUAGGAAAUGAAGUUGUUCAUGUUCAAGAUGCGCGUUCCGAUGCCGAUCCGCAAGUUUUGGAAUAUUGGGUUCGGUUGAUGGCCAAGUAUCCGCCUUCACCAUAUAUUCAUAUCACAGGAACGCAUUCAGAAAGCAAGAGGGAUAACGAAGGAAAGACCAAACGCGAGCAAGUGACCGAUUUUAGGAUCAUGAUCAACUUGCAAAAUUAUCUGUGGCCUAACUUUGAGUUCCAAAAUUAUAAUUCCGCCGAGCUUACUACUGCGGAGCCGGGGCAAAAGACGUACCGUGGUACUGUUCUCAAGAACAGGCAGAAGGGAGCGAAAGGUGACCUCGAGGUUGGGCAUGAUAAGCCUAGUCUCAAGGAAUGGUGUCAUCGAUAUUGCGCCAAAGCUACGGGUACCAAAGUAUUCCGCCUUUCUCGAACAGUCACUGGUAUGGAUACAGAGCUCCUCCGAGAUCGUCUCUCCGGCAUCAUCAGAUCUACCAACUACAAAGGUCAUAUCACUGUGGAGCUCCCUGUAGCGGAUAGAGCAGUCGAUAUCUACUCCUCUAGCCGCCUCAACAACUGGCGACUCACCCGUUGGAUCUGUUGGAUCUUCUAUCUCACCUUCCUCUGGAUCUUCUCAUGGCCAGUGCUCUUCUUUAUGACCAAGAGAUACCAAGUUGUUCAAGUGGAAUGGCCAUUCUCCCGAAUGCAGCCUGAUGGUCAAAAGCGCUAUACCACAGUAAGCGAGGAGCAGUGGAUGGAGAGGUAUGGCCCUGCGAUUAAGACGCUCUGCUUGGAUCGGUAUCAGGGACUGGCAGGAGAUGCCUUCCUCAACGAGGUGAUGGCGAGAGGUGAUGCCACUGCGGCUAACAACCCGAUUAAUGCUAGAGCUGCUAUGAGUGCUGCCUCUGCUGCUUUCCAGGGUGGUCGGUUCACUGCUGGGAACGGAGCGAGGAGCUUGAUGCAGUUUGCAGCUGUGGCAACUGAUCAGGUUGGAUGGGGAUUUGACACUUGA